AUGAAAGAACCAAUCCUUAUUACUUUAAUCGUUUAAGUGGAGGAAGAAAACGAUUUAAUUGUUAAAUUUCCUGUAAAGAAGGUCAACUCUAUGUGUUAUAUUGAGAGAGAAAGGUUAUUACGAUUUCUUAUCAAAUAACAUAAAAUUCAACUAUAAGAUAAAAAUAAGUUGAUUCUUGGUAAAGUUUAUUAAUUUAACUAGAAUUUUAUGAUUUUCAAAAUGACACAUUUGUAUCGGAGAAGUAAAUUACAUUAAAUAACAAUACAUUUUAAUUUGCCGAAAAAUUUUUAGGUUCAACAGAAUAGCUUGUUUUAAAAGUCGCAAUUUACUACAAUUUCAGUUAUUAAAAACUAAUCGAAAUAGAUGAAGCGAUUGAAAUGUUCGAAAUGAACAAAAGAUUUUUUUAAGAGCAAAAUAAAUAGUAAUAAACCUAAAUUCAGGAAUAUGCCUUAUAGUUUUAAGAAAUGAAAAAUACUUUAGAUAUUAUCUAAACUUAGCUAUCAUAAAAAUAAUAAAAAUAAAUAGAGCAUGCUGAUAUUGUUAUUUUGUAUAGUAAUCCAAUUAUAAGAGUUAAUAAUGGAAUAAAAGCAUCAUUAUUUUUAGACUAUUAAAAAGAAAUUGAUAAAAUUGUGGAAACUAUUAAAUAUUCUAAUAAACCAAUUAGAUAUCAAAUUAUGAAUGCUACAAAAAACAACUUAGAAUUGGCAAUAAAGUUGCAUCCAGUCAUUAUACAUGUGAUCUCCCAUGGAGAUUAUGAUGAAAAAUCAGCAUGCUUGUAUUUAGAAUUUCAAGAUGAUGGUAUAUCUACAAAAUUUUAAACUCAUGAAAUUUAAAAUAUGAUUCAAAAUCAUAAAGCUAUGACAAGAAUAAAACUUAUUUGCAUAAGUUCUGUUGUUGCAAAAAAUAUUGCUGAUUACAUACCUAAAUCAAUUCCAUCGGUUGUAUUCCAAAAAUUUUACAAUUAAGAAGAUGAGGAAGGUCCUACCUUUUGGGGGACAUUUUAUGAAAGAAUAUUUUCUGAUUUUACAAUAUAAAAAGCCUUUAAUGAAGCUAAAUCAAAGCUUGAGAGUAAAUUUUGGGAAAAUAAGAAUAGAAGAUUGAUUUGUUGUUGUUUCCACAAACACAAUGAAAAAUGUCCUUAUGAUCCAGCUUCUAUUGGAUACGAAGUCUCACAUAAUUAGCAUCUUCCAUGUGCUCAACAAAAGUGGCUCCAUAUUUUAGAAACACAUGAGGCAACUCAUAAAAAAUAAUGCAGAUUAAAUUGUUUAGGAAUGAUGACACACAAAUGUAAGCAAUCAGAAUUUGAAAAUUGGGGAUGUCUAGAUUAUUUUAAGCGAAUUGAUAAUAUAGCUAAGAAAUUGUAAAUUCCUCUUCAAGAUGAUUUUCGCUAAAAUCUAUUAUUUGGAAAUGAUCUUAUUUGUUGUUGUUGUGAUUAGCUAAAUGGAAUAUAAUAAAUUGCCGAUUCCAGCAAUUUCUUUUAGGAGAACCUGCAGCAUACAAUUGAAUAAAAAAUUCAAUUACAUCUUUAUGAUCAAAAUGAAAAUAAUCUAAAUUUUACUGAAAAAAUCGAAAAUAAUUAAGAUCAAUUUACAGAAAUAAAUUAUAUCAAAAUUGAUAAAUAGAUUAUCGUAGUUCAUUCUUUUGAUUAGUAAAAUAGUGAUUUGUAACAAUAAUCCAUAAAUGCCAUAACUUCAUACUUUGAGGUAUUAUUAGAUUAAUUUUUAGAUUUAUUUAAAAUAAAUUUCGAAUAAGAAAUAGAUUAAAAGAAUUUUAAUCAAUUUGAAGGAUUAUUAAAUACAUAAUUGGAUAGAAUAUGUAGCAAGUCAAUUAAAUUUUCAAUAUUCCAGUCCCGAAGACUUUUUUAUCAAAUUUAAGGAAUACUUCAUCAAUCUUUAGAAUUCCCCUCAAUACCUUUACAUAUUCCUUUUUGAAAAUAUUGUCAAUAUAUAUGAUACUGAUUAAUUUAAGAAGUUUUAUGAAGAAAUUUAAAAUGCAAUAGAAACUCAUUUCAUUCUUAUUUUUACGGUUAAUAACAUCCAAAAGGAUAAUUUAAAAUUGCUUACAUAGGAUAAACUAGUUUAACUGAUCGAUUUAAAACAGAUCAAUAGUUUACUUGUUGCAGAAACAGCAUAAGAAUGA